AUGCGCAAUCUUCUAGGCAGCAUCAAGCGCAAGGUCUCGACCAGCAGUGGAGGAGGCACCCAGCAAAACUCACGUGCCUAUCCUACCAUCCAAGAUCCCUAUGGCACACCCUCAAGAACAGGCACGAUGAAGAGUCAGUACUAUGUACCAGCUUCAGCUCCUUUGAACCCAGGCGCCGCACCACCCGCCUACUCACCAGUCUCCAACGCCGCGCCCGUCCCCUCAAUCGCGAUAUCAUCACCACAAGGCCAAACAGCCGACGACCCCUAUGCCUUCCUGAGCACCUUCGACACCAUCUUCCUGAUCGACGACUCAGGCUCCAUGGCAGGUAGCCGCUGGCGCGAAACCCAAGAAGCUCUUGAGUCCAUCACGCCCAUCUGUGUUUCCCACGACGCAGACGGAAUCGACAUACUCUUCCUCAACUACCCCGAAAACCCUUACCACAAAAACGUCACCUCGCCAGCCACCGUCCGCGAAAUCUUUUCUAGCGUCAGGCCCAGGGGCGGUACACCGACUGGCCAACGUCUGGACUCUAUCCUCCGACCUUAUAUCCGACAGUGCGAGCAAAGAGGCCCCGAAGCAGUCAAACCACUAAAUCUGAUCGUCAUCACUGACGGCGAGCCCAGCGAUGAUGUGGAAGCUCCGCUCAUCAGCUGUGCGAAGAAACUCGAUAAGAUGGAUGCUCCAGCUUGGCAAAUCGGCAUUCAGUUCUUCCAGGUCGGCAGAGACGAAGCUGCACGCGCACAUUUGCGCGCCUUGGAUGACGAGUUGGCAGAGAUUGCAGGUGUGGAGUUGAGGGAUAUGGUUGAUACGGUGCCGUUCAAGGGUGCUGAUGGAGAACACUUGACUGCAGAUGGAAUCCUCAAGGUUGUGCUGGGAGCGGUGAACAGAAGACUUGACAGGAAGAGGAGUAAGGACCUCCACCGUUGA